UUUUUUUUUUGAGAAAAAAGAGAAAGCACAAGAAACAAAGGCUGAUGCAAUAGAUGAGGAUGACCUAUAAAAAGACGUUAAAAAUGCUGUCUGGGGAGGUUUAAUGUCCGCUAGAGCCAAAGCCAAAGGAUGUCUAGGCGUUGUGAUUGAUGGCCGAGUGCGUGAUUUGAACGAGCACAGAGAAAUGCAAUUCCCGGUCUUUGCUCGUUCUCAUUCCAUUUUACCUCAAAAUGCUUUUGUACGCCCGUCUGAGAUACAAGUGCCCAUCACUUUGUCUCGUGAAUCGCCCGUGGUGGUUCAUCCUGGAGAUAUCCUGGUGGCGGAUGUGGAUGGCGUGGUGUGCGUGCCUAGGGACAUGAUCGAUGCGAUUGUGGCCAAUUGCGAGAAAUACGUAGCUAUUGACGACCAGUGCAUGCAAGCACUCAAGGAAGGCAAAGGCGUCAAAGAAACUUUCAAGAAAUACAGAGGAAAUUAGAGAAACAUUCUGUGUGUUUCAUUGGUUUGAAUUAAAAAAAAAAAAAAAAAGACGCGUCUAGAUGUUGAAUGUAUGAAUGAACCAUUUUCACUUGAAUAAAGGAAAAAGAAAAACCC